CUAGGUGCUCUCUAGUAUACGGAGAACGGAAAGUAGGUCAGCGGAUGACAAGCAGUGUGGUGAAGGCAUCAAGUAUCAGAAUGGCUGCCCCCACAGAGAAACCUCUCUCUGUGAACCCGUUGGAACAGUUUGUCUUGCUGGCCAAGUCCGCCAAAGGAGCUGCUGCUGUGGAAUUAGUGAAGCAAGCACUAGAGGCGCCAGGCGUUUAUGUGUUUGGAGAACUACUGGCCAUGCCACAUAUACAAGAGUUGGCUGAAGGUCCACAUGCUGCAUAUUUCAACCUGUUGAAUUUGUUUGCAUUUGGGACAGUAAAAGACUAUGAAGAAAAUAAAGCAACAUUGCCAGAAUUAACAAAUGCAAGUCUUACAAAACUCAGGCAUCUCACCUUAGUGGCUUUAGCAACUAAGUCAAAAGUCAUUCCCUAUUCAACCCUUCUAACAGAGCUAAAUAUGAAGAACCUGCGUGAGUUGGAGGACUUGAUAAUAGAAGUGAUCUAUGCUGAUAUCGUGCGGGGCAAGCUAGACCAGAAGAACCAGCAGUUAGAAGUAGACUAUGCCAUUGGUCGCGACAUAAGAGAAGAACAAGUGACAGAGAUGGUCAAUGUAUUACAAGAAUGGUGCGACAGCUGUGACAUUGUUCUAAAAGGAAUCGACUCGCAGAUCAUGAGAGCCAAUCAGAAGAAAGAAUACAACAUCAAACUGGUGCAACAAAUGGAGACAGAAAUUGCUAACAUAAAGAAGACGUUGAAGACAACGCAGCAGACUGAAGCAGACGACAACAUGGCAGCUGACAGUGGUGUGCAGCCAGAAAAACCAGCCAAGAAAGCGGCUUCAAAGACAAAGGGACUGAGAGGUAGUGCAAAAUUCUGGAAAUGAAACUGCAGCGUAUUGAAAACAGCAGUGUGAACUGUGGCUUUCAUCCAUGUACAGGCAGAUUUUUCUAUAUCAUGGAGGACAUAACAAGGAGUUAGAUAUUGACAGUUUGAGAAAGUACUAGAGGUACUUCUUCUGGCCAGCCAAAGCAAAGGAGUUUUAUUAUGUCUUUCUACAUGCAGCGUUCCUCAUUACUUGUAUGAGAGAAAGAAAACCAGUUCUUAGUAUCAUGUCUAACUUAAAGAUGGCGCCACUUUUGACAAAACUCCACAAGAUGAAAGAUGUUGAUCACCACACUUAUGACAUAUAUAGUCUAUGUUUACUAUGACUUUUCUCUCUGAAUGGCAGAAUUCCAGUGGAAAUAAAUUUUUUUAAAAAAGUAACGUAAUACCAGAUUAAUGUUACACAUCAGGUUUGAUAAAUCAUGUAAGGACUUUGUGGUUUAGAACAUUUUGAUAUGUUACAUAUGUUAAAGGCUUGUUAAACUCAUCUUUUUAUAAAUUAAAAUUUUUCUUAUUUGCUAGUCUUUAUGAUACUGUAAAAAAACAAGGCUAAUUUCUUACCAUUUCAGUAAAAAAUGCUGUAAAUUUCUAACACCGCAUUUCACUAUCUGCAAAAUAAAUGUGUAAAUACAUUAAUAAAACCACACUUUUAGUUAUAGCUUAUUUAAUAAUGAGUGAAUAGAGAAAAAAGUUACAAUUUUGACAUUUCAUUCUUUGAGUUGGUAAUUUGAAGGCACAUGGCUGACAAGCUGAGUCUGUUACUUUUAACCCUUCAUUUUCUAGAUAAACUAUUCUUUUCUGUAAUCA